GCAUCUCGGAACCGGACUGAGACUGAGACUGAGACGAGCCGGUGUAUCCGGGCGGGAGGGGAAGAAACAUCCCGGAUGUGCGAGACACGACACCGUGAAAUUAUCCUGCGUGGUUGUGUCGAGGAGCCGUCACCAUCACCACCAUCAUCCACGCGUGAUCUGGGAUGUGUGUGAUCUGCAGGGAGCGGACCGGGACGGCCGGUGCGUGAUGCUGCGUGGACGGCGGCGCAUCCUCCUCCCCCAGCUGAGCAGCUGAUCACCAGAACCAGAACCAGAACCAUCACCAGCACCAGCACCAAAACCCACCCAGAUGAUCCGCUUCGGCCCGGACCCGUCUCUUUUCACGCCGUCCAGCCCCAGCGGAGCCUGAAGAAGGAGGAGGAUGCAGGUGAAAAACCGGAUCUGCGCAGAACCCAUCAGCAGCGACGACCCGGAGCAGGAGGAUGACAACCAGAAGAAGACCUCGUGUUUUUCCAACAUCAAGAUCUUCCUGGUGUCGGAAUGCGCGCUCAUGCUGGCACAGGGCACCGUGGGCGCGUAUCUGUUCACAGACUGGCCACAUUUCUAACCUCUCCGUGUCUCUUUUUACCACCAGGUGAGCGUUCUGACCACUUUGGAGAGACGCUUCAACCUCCAGAGCGCAGACGUGGGCGUCAUCGCCAGCAGCUUUGAAAUCGGCAACCUGGCGCUCAUCCUGUUCGUCAGCUACUUCGGGGCCAAGGCCCACCGGCCGCGGCUGAUCGGCUGCGGCGGCAUCGUCAUGGCGCUGGGAGCACUGCUCUCGGCCCUGCCAGAGUUCCUGACUCAUCAGUACGAGUAUGAGGAAGGGGACUCAUGGCACGCCGAAGAUGGCAGGGACAUCUGCUCCAACAAAUCCAGGUCAGAAAAUCAAGACUCUGGGUUUAACUGCGGCAACCGAGCCAACACCAACAUGAUGUACCUUCUGCUGAUUGGAGCACAGGUUCUGCUUGGCAUUGGAGCCACACCUGUCCAGCCUCUGGGAGUGUCUUACAUUGACGACCAUGUCCACAAGAAGGACUCUUCAUUGUAUAUAGGUAUCUUAUUCUCCACGUUAGUGUUCGGCCCGGCCUGUGGCUUCAUCUUAGGGUCUGUUUGUACCAAAGUCUAUGUUGAUGCUCUCUUUAUCGACACCAGUAAGCUGGACAUCACCCCGGACGACCCUCGCUGGAUCGGGGCCUGGUGGGGCGGAUUCCUCCUGUGCGGUGCCUUACUCUUCCUGUCGUCCCUGUUCAUGUUCGGGUUCCCGCAGGCGCUGGACGAGCAGGACCUGGACAGCGGGGGGGAGAGCGAGCAGGCCAUGCUGCCGUCCUCGCUGACGCUGGAGCACCAGGACUCCAAACCCAACGGAGCCAUGCGGGGCUUCGACAUGAACAGUGGGCUCUCGGUCUGGGAGCACCUGAGAGUGAUCCCCCGGGUGACCCGGCACCUGCUCUCCAACCCCGUGUUCAGCUGCAUCACGCUGGCCGCCUGUAUGGAGAUCGCCGUGGUCGCCGGCUUCGCCGCCUUCCUGGGAAAAUACCUGGAGCAGCAGUUCAACCUCACCACCUCCUCAGCCAAUCAGCUGCUAGGUAUGACAGCCAUUCCCUGUGCCUGUCUGGGGAUCUUUCUUGGGGGGCUGCUGGUGAAGAAGCUGAACCUGUCGGCUUUGGGAGCCGUCCGCAUGGCCAUGAUGGUCAACCUGGUGUCCACCGCCUGCUACGUGUCCUUCCUCUUCCUGGGCUGCGACACGGGGCCCGUGGCCGGAGUCACGGUGGCCUACAGCAACGAGACGCUGCAUUCCUGGCAGCAGCCGGAGUCGGCGUGCAUCAGCAACUGCAACUGUUACACGGCGUCGGUGAGCCCCGUCUGUGGCUCCAACGGAGUCACCUACCUCUCGGCCUGCUUCGCCGGCUGCAUCAAACCAAACCUGACCAGCUGCACGUGCGUGUCCGGCACCGGCGAGGAGGCCGUGGCCCUGCCGGGGAAGUGCCCCAGUCCCGGCUGCCAGCAGGCCUUCCUCACCUUCCUGUGUGUGAUCUGCGUGUGCAGCAUGAUCGGGGCCAUGGCCCAGACGCCCUCCGUCAUCAUCCUCAUCAGAACCGUGAGUCCGGAGCUGAAAUCCUACGCCCUGGGAGUUCUGUUCCUGCUCCUCAGGCUGAUCGGCUUCAUCCCUCCCCCCCUCAUCUUCGGCAUGGGCAUCGACUCCACCUGUCUGUUCUGGAGCACCGUGUGCGGGGAGAAGGGCGCGUGCAUGCUGUACGACAACGUGGCGUACCGGCACCUGUACGUCAGCAUCGCCAUCGUGCUCAAGUCCUCGGCCUUCGUGCUCUACACCACCACCUGGCAGUGUCUGCGCAAGAACUACCGCAGGUACAUCAAGAACAGCGAGGGCUACCUCACGCCCACCGAGCUGUUCGCCUCCAACGUGACUCUGGACAACCUGGGCAAGGAGAUCACCCAGAACCCCACCAACAGGACAAAGUUCAUUUACAACCUGGAGGACCACGACAUGAGCGACAACGUGGAGUCGGUUUUAUAGGUGCAGGUCGUUGCUGCUGCCGGGCUGAUGUGCCGUGUGUCGUCCGUGUCUUCGUUCAGAUCGAUCUCAUCAGCCGGGCUCUUGUUUUCUUCUAAAUUAAAACCUCAUAUCUAUCAAAUUAUGAAUAAAUAUAUAUAUAUAUAUAUCUAUAUAUAUAUACUAAUAUAGAGAGAUGAUGCCCAGAACAGGCUCUAUUUUGUUCAUCCAGCAUCCCGAGUUCAGCUAGAACAGGGGUCGGCAACCUGCGGUUCCAGAGCCGCAUGCGGCUCUUUAGCGCCGCCCUGGUGGCUCCUGGAGCUUUUUCAAAAAUGUUUGAAAAUGGAAAUAGAUGGGGGAGGGAAAUGUAUUUUUUGUGUUAAUAUGGUUUCUGUAGGAGGACAAACAUGACACAAACAUUCUGAACGUUUUCCAAUGCUGUAAAAAUGUGUAGAAUAAAUAUUACAUUUCAACAAAAAAAGUCAAAAUGUCGAAAUUAAUGUUGAAAUACAAUUUCAAGAAUAAAGUCGAAACUUCGCCUUUUUUCUCAACAUUU